GCGAACAUCACAAAAGUCUUGAAAUCGAUUGCAAAUCAUGGCAAAUAAAGCUAUCAUCCUUCUGGCCGUUGUGCUCUGCGCCCAGGCCGCCUUCGGUGUUAACGUCAUCUCCAAGUCCCAAUGGGGAGCUCGCUCCCCCAACGGCAAGUCCACCCUGGGCAACGGCUUGAGCUAUGCCGUGAUCCACCACACCGCCGGCAACUACUGCAGCACCAGGGCUGCCUGUGAGACGGAGUUGCGCAGCAUCCAGAACUACCACAUGAAUAGCCUGGGCUGGGCUGAUAUUGGCUACAACUUCCUCAUCGGAGGUGAUGGCAAUGUCUACGAGGGUCGCGGCUGGAACGUCAUGGGUGCUCAUGCCACCAACUGGAACUCCAAGUCCCUUGGCAUCUCCUUCAUGGGUAACUACAACAACAACAAGAUCACCUCGGCUCAGAUCAACGCUGCCAAGGGUCUCCUCGCUGAUGCCGUUUCCCGCGGACAGAUCAUCUCCGGCUAUACCCUGUACGGCCAUCGUCAGGUCGGAUCUACCGAGUGCCCCGGCACCAACAUCUGGAACGAGAUCCGCACCUGGGCUCACUGGAAGGCCUAAGCGUUGGGUUCAAAAAGUUCAACCUUAAAAUGCUGCAAAAUAAAAAUACUUAAAAAAUAUAUUAUACUCGUUCAUAUACAUA